AUGGAAACCAGGAAGGAGAUGGUGAUGUUUCUGGAAGGCACACAACUUGGAGCUCUAGUUGGCAAGAGGGUGCCUAAUUUGUCCGAAGCAGUGGGGAGCCCCGCUCCGGAGCCGCAGGAGAAGAUGAUCCAUCGGAACUGCCUCAGCCCCAGACCUGGCCCCUUGUCCCGGGAGAGAGGAGGAGGAGGAGGUGGCGGAGAGGAAGACGGAAAGGAGGUGGAGUCCCUCUUGGAUGCCUCCCCGGCAUCCUCAGUACACACGGGCAGUCGCAGAAAAGGCGAAUGGAGAGGGAUUAGGGGAGAAGGAAUCUGGCUGAGGAGGCGGGCCGGGAGCAUCCCUCCGUGCUGCCCGCCUCCCGAGCGGGUGUCUCCCCUCGCGGGCCCGUGCUCGGAGUCGCUGGCCGCCAGCCCCAGCGCCGGGGGGGAUCACCCCAAGGGCAGCGGAGGCAGCGGUGGUCCCCAGGGCUCGCUGGCCUGCAGCGCCAGCGACCAGAUGCGCCGCUACCGCACCGCCUUCACCCGUGAGCAGAUCGCCCGGCUGGAGAAGGAGUUUUACCGGGAGAACUACGUGUCCAGGCCCCGGAGAUGUGAACUGGCGGCUGCUCUAAAUCUGCCAGAAACCACCAUCAAGGUUUGGUUCCAGAACCGCAGGAUGAAGGACAAGCGGCAGCGCCUGGCCAUGACCUGGCCCCACCCGGCCGACCCGGCCUUUUAUACCUACAUGAUGAGCCACGCGGCGGCCACCGGCAAUUUGCCCUACCCGUUCCCGUCCCACCUGCCGCUGCCCUACUACUCCCACACGGGCAUCGGAGCCACAUCGGCCUCUGCCGCCACUCCCUUCAGUACUCCCCUGAGGCCGCUGGACACCUUCAGGGUCCUUUCACACCCCUACCCGAGACCAGAACUGCUGUGCGCCUUCAGGCAUCCCUCUCUCUACCCCGCCCCAUCCCAUGGACUCAGCAGCUCGGGGGGCAACCCCUGCUCCUGCUUGGCUUGCCACAGCGGCCAGUCCAACGGCCUGGCGCAGAGACCCUCCGGAUCAGACUUUACCUGUUCUGCCACAACCAGGACUGACUCUUUCCUCACUUUCACGCCCUCUGUGCUGAGCAAAGCCACCUCAGUUUCCAUGGACCAGCGAGAAGAAGUACCUUUAACGAGAUAA